CGUGUUCAUUUCCUUCCCCUUUCCUCUCUCUUUCCCUUUUUAAACUGACAAAGAGUUGACACUCUCAUAGAGAAUUGUGGCAUCCAUCAGUUUCUUUGUCUCCUGAUCAUUCAUCUAUUUGCUCAGGCCACAUUCAGCCGGACACCUGACUCUCUUGGCCUUACCAUUUGGAGAGUGUGAGACUGUGAGAGUUGAAUAGCUGUACUAGCUAAUCACCUGCUCGAAGGUCAUUACAUACAAUUUGCAGCAAGAACUCCAAGUCCAGAAAGGAGAUAUCUCAUUACAAGCAACGCAAUCCAACAAAACUAUACUACUCUUAAAAGGAUUAUGUGAACUCUCAGCUCAAUAACAUCGGUUCGAAUACAAACAAAACCGGUGAACCACUCCCAUUUUUUCAGUCGUGAUCUGAAGCUCUGCAGUGCCAUAACGGUGGAUACCGCCAUGACAGCCCAGGGAGCAUCCUUUUCAUCCUCUUCCAAGUCUAAACUUUGGAAUUACGACGUGUUCUUGAGCUUUAGAGGCGAAGACACGCGCAAGGGCUUCACAGGCCACCUUCACAAGGCAUUAAAAGACAAAGGAUACAAGGUCUUUAUUGAUGAUGACAAUCUAAAAAUAGGGAAAGAAAUAAAAGAGGAACUGUUGCGGGCUAUCGAAGAGUCGAGGAUCUCUAUCAUUGUCUUCUCAAAGAGGUAUGCAGAUUCGAGUUGGUGUCUUGACGAGCUGGUGAAGAUCAUGAAGUGCAAAGACGAACAGGGGCAAUAUGUUUUGCCAAUAUUCUAUCAUGUUGAUCCUUCACAUGUCAGGAAGCAGGACGGAGAUUUAUCCGAAGCAUUUAGGAAUCACGAAAAGAGCGUCCGUGAAGAAAAAGAUGGCAAGAAACGUGAAGCUAAACGAAAAAGAGUAAAACAGUGGAGAGAGGCUCUUACAAAAGCUGCAAAUUUGUCUGGUCACCAUCUUCAAACCAAUGGCAAUAGGCGCGAAGCAAUGCUUAUUGAAGAAAUUGUUCACGAGAUUACUACAAAUUGGUCUCCAAGCACAGACAAAUUAUAUGUGGCUAAGUACCAAGUUGGAAUCAAUUCCCGCAUACAAGAUAUUAUCACUUAUCUUUUAAGUGGUGGAUCAGAUAAGGUUCUCAUGGUUGGAAUUUUGGGGAUGGGUGGAUUGGGUAAAACAACAAUUGCCAAAGCCAUUCAUAACCAAAUGCGUCAUAAGUUUGAAUGCAAAUCUUUCCUUGCCGACAUUAGUGGCACUACAAGUAAACAUGGUCUGGUUUAUUGGCAAGAAACACUGGUUUCUGACAUCUUGAAAGAGACCAAGAGUCAGAAGAUUCAUAGUGUUGAUAAAGGUAUUAAUCUGAUAAAACAACUUCUUCGACAUAGAAGGGUACUUGUCAUCAUGGACGACAUAGACGAUAUGGAACAACUCAAUGCAAUCGUUGGAAGUCAUAAUUGGUUUGGUCCAGGAAGUAGAAUUAUCAUAACAACAAGAGAUCAACAUUUACUAAAGCGAGUAGAUAAGACAUAUCAUGCUCAAAAAUUGGAUAAUGAAGAAGCUCUUAAGCUCUUUAGUCGGCAUGCAUUUGGAUAUGAUCGGCCUAUCAUAGGAUAUCGUGAACUCUCAAAAAAAGUUGUUUCUUACUGCGCGGGUUUGCCACUAGCCCUUGAAGUUUUAGGUUCAUUUUUGUUUAAAAGAACCCAAGCAGAGUGGGAAAGUGAAUAGGAGAAAUUGAAAAAUACUCCUCCUGGGAAAAUAAUAAAACAACUAAGAGUAAGUUUUGAAGGGCUAGAUGAUGCAUACAAGGCUAUAUUCCUUCACAUAUCUUGUUUCUUUAUUGGAUGGGAUAAGGACUAUGUUGCAAAAGUAUUAGAGAAAUGUGGUUUUUAUGCAACAAUAGGAAUCGCUGUCCUUUGUGAACGAUGUCUUCUAAUUGUUAAAGACAACAAGUUGUACAUGCAUGAUUUGCUUCAUUAUAUGGCCAGAGAAAUCAUUUCUGAAAAAUCUCCUGGUCACCCUGAAAAAUGGAGUAGGCUGUGGAACCGUUGGGAGGUCACUGAUGUAUUGAGAAAUAAAUCUGGAACUGAAAAAGUUGAAGGACUUGCUCUAUAUGAUCCUAUUCGUCAUCAUAAGUAUAGUUUCAGUACAGUAGCAUUUGCCAAAAUGAAGAAUCUGAGCUUUCUUUAUCUCGACAACGUAGAGCUCAAAGGAGAAUACAAACAUCUUCCCAAAAAGUUAACAUGGUUGUGCUGGCGUGGAUUUCCUUUGCACUCCAUACCAGAUGACUUUUUUAGUCAACCAAGACUAGCUGUUUUGGACAUGCAGUGGAGCAAAUUGGUACAAGUUUGGGAGGGUUCCGAGUCGCUUUACGAGUUAAAAAUCAUCAAUCUCAGCUACUCUAAUAACCUCAAAAGAUCACCAAACCUUUCACGAGUCCCAAAGCUUGAAGAGUUGAUAUUGGAAUCGUGUGAGAAGUUGUCCGAGAUUCACCCCUCCAUUGGUCAUCGUAGACAACUUUCUUUGGUGAACCUUCAAGGUUGUCCAGAGCUUAUUUGUCUUCCAGAGGAUUUCUACAAGUCAAAAUUUGUUGAGACUCUUCUACUUAAUGGAUGUAGAGGAUUCAGAGAAGUGCACGAGAAUUUAGGAGAGAUGAUAUCAUUGAGAAUACUUGAAGCAGAUUUCACAGCCAUAAGACAAGUACCACGCUCCAUAGUAGGAUUGAAGAAUCUCACUCGUCUAUCCCUUAAAUAUGUGACGGGUAUUCGUUUCCCCUCUCUGUUACGUGGCUUAAACUCUUUAAAGGAAUUAGAUCUCUCAGGGUGUAGAUUGUUAGAUGAUGAAAUCCCUGAUUUUGGGAGUCUAAAUUCCUUACAACAUUUGUAUCUUCCAGAAAAUGAUUUUCAUACCCUACCCAAACUCCCUAAGGAUCUUGAAUUAUUGGUGACACAUGGAUGUAAAAAUCUUCAACAAAGCACAGAUUUACCACCAACUGUGACGGUUAAGAGUGAAACGUGCAAUAUUAUGUAGGCAGAGAACAUUGGGAGGAGCUAAUGUAUGAAGACCAUCUGUUCAAGCUUUUACUUUGGAGUUUGAGGUUCUUUAGGGGAAGCAGAGCAUACAGCCAUAGGACAAGUACCACCUUCCAUAGUAGGGUUGACGAAUCUCACUCGUUUAUCUCUACGGAGUACUGUGCCUAUUCAUUUUACCCAUUCAUUACAUGGCUUGUGCUCUUUAAGGGAAUUAAAUCUCUCGUGGUGCAAACUACCUGAUGAUGCAAUGCCUAAGGAUCUUGGGAGUCUAAUUUCUUUACAACAUUUGAGUCUUGGAGGGAAUGAUUUUCAUACCCUACACAGACUCAGUGGCAUCAUACAGGUUAGCUGAAGAUUGAUUGUAUAUUUACUAGAAGAUUUAGUACCUUUUCUACUACCUUUGCGGUCGAUGAACUCGUUUGCGCAAUCAAAAAAUCGUCCCCUGUUGGAUUCUCCGAAGCUGUAGAAGGAAGUUUUUUGUAAGAUUGUAUAGCUGUUCCUGGUAAGAUCAAAAAGCUCAUUUGCAAGACUCAGAAAUGGAUUGCCCAAUAGAAUAUCUCAGAAAUUUUCUCUA